AUGAUCCCCUCGCAGUUCGCAUCCGAUGAACCACAACCACAACCUCACCAGCACCAGCACCAGCACCAGCACGAGCAAGAAUCCUCACCCUCACCCUCACCCCCACCCCCACCCCCACCCCACUCCAACCUCUCACGCUCAUUCCUCAAACCGUCCGACCAGGAGUACUACCUCCCUCUGAAGCAGCAGCUGUACCAACAGCAAUUCCAAGACCUCUUCGCGCCGACGCCCGAGCCCUCGCCGAAUCGCGGACCGGACAGACUAAAGGAACAGGCAAGGUUGUUUAAGCAGCCGCCGCUGAGGCCGAGGGGGUAUCCGGGGGGUGAGGACGGGGAUGGGGAUGGGUAUGAUGGACAGCAGGAGGUGUAUAAAGGACAUGAAUACGAAUCGACGUCUUCGUCCGAUAUCCCGACCCAUCCACACCACUCCCCCUACCACCACCACCACCAACACCACCAGCAAAGCUACACCGAAGAACAACAACAACAACAACAACAGCAGCAGCAGCAGCAACAACCACCCCUCCCCUCCCUCCUACACACCCUCCUCACCUACCUACAAUCCCUCGACACCCUCAAAAACAAAUCCCUCCAACCAUACCUCGACUCCCUCCACCCGCACAUCCAAACCCUCCAAGCCCAAGCAAAGCGAGUGAUAACCACCCAUCCCACCAUCACCACCUUUCUGCUCGCCCAGCUCCUCUUCUCGGGUAUCCCGGUGGGGCUGUUCUUGUUGGGCGCCGGGGUCUCGGCCAUGCUGGCGGUCGCGGUGUUUGGGUUUUUCGCGGUGGUGGUGUUGGGCCCGUUUUGGUGGUUACGACGGUGUUGGGGGUGGGGGUUUGGGGGUCGGGUGGGGGUAUAUUGGGUUUAUUUGGGGAGGGUGGGGAGGGGGAGGGGGAGGAGUGAUUAG